CUGUGUUAGUAUGUUAAGAGGAAAAGGGUGGACCCUCACUUCUUUGAACAAGCCAGGCCCUGUCAACAAGUCUUUCUCCCUCAACUAUCCUAGCCACCCAACCUUAAAAUGGAGGGAGGUCUGUGUCUUGUCACAGCAAUCCUAUUCCCAUCAGUUGUGGCUUUAUCACAUGAUUUGAAGACGUUAUACAGAUGCAGAAUUUGGCUUUUAAGAAAAACAGACUGGAAAACAUUAACAUUUUCUCAAGGAAUCUUUAUUUACACCACUGCAAAAGUUUUAAGAAACACUGUUUUAGCUUCCUAUUUUAAACACAAGAAAAAAUGUAAGGAUUGACUUUUUUUUUUUUUUUUUGGAGCAAAUUAACUGCUCUAAAAUGUUAAUCACAUGAUUAUGGGUUUUUUUUUUUUUUUUCUAUUCAAAGUUUUGUUACUCUUGCAACACCACACACAUUAUCUUGUGAUCUGGGCAGGGUUUAUAUGUCUUUCUGUUUAUUCUUUUUUUUUUUUUUUUUUAAAUAAAGGGGCUAAAUUAGGAAACUUUCAGUUCUAUGACUAUCCAGCAAUUCCCACCCAAUCUCCUAUUCAUCUAAGGCCUGUACAAUUCAAUCUGUUUAAAAAUAAAAAAUAAAUAAAAGUUUUCAAGACAUAAGAAAUCCAUGAAAUUUGUGAAAUUUCGAUUUUGCCUUCCUUGCCUAAGCCUUAGAAAGUUCAAGGAAACUUAUACUUAUGUGGCUGCUCCCCAAAAUAUAAGUACACAAAAAAGGAAUACUUCUCAGGGAAAGUACCAAAGUAGAAGGGACUUGCAAAAGGUCUGUUUUUCAGAAAUCCUGAGGAAGGUUGAGAACAUUACAAUUCACAGAAUUCUUUAGAAAACUUUUACUAUCUUUGCUAAAAUCUUUUUUAAAACUCUCUGCGUUAUAUAAGCAUAUCUAAGUUUUAACAAAUAUACUCUGCAAAUAGCAUCAUGGAGCAGAAAGUACCUCAAACCCUAUAUCAAGCUCCCUAACCACGAACUGGUCAAUAAUAGUAGAGGUACUGAGUACCUAAGUAUUAAAAACCAGGCCUUUCAAAAUUAAUAUUUCAAUUCAAUCCAAUCUAGCCAUUAUGUAUCAGGUAUACAUUAUUAUGGUACUAGAUGCUAGGGAUACAAAAAUGAAGCAACUCCUUUUCUUCCAAAAGUAGCCUCCAGAAAAGCAAUGUCUGGUUCAAAAUGCUGUGGGUCCACAUCCCCCCAAAGCCAAAGCUCAGGAGCCCCUUACAAACAACUUGUUGGGAUUUGAUUAGGUUCAAACCACAAAAGGGGUCAGAGGUGUCUCCCGCAUUCCGUGUGAACUCCUUGAGGACGAAGCCAGUUCUUCCCUUUCUCCGUCUCCCCCGGGAGACGAAGUGUAUUGUCCGGUGGUUGCUCUGAGUUCGAGCCCUUGUUUUGCUCCUUCCUCUCUUAUGUAACUUGAAACAGGACACCUCUUGAAGACGGGCUUCAGUUUUCCCUUUUGGGAAACGUGGAUAUUGGAUUUAGUUUGGGGUUCCUCCUUCCGAGCUCUAAGAAUCUACAUGAUCCUACGAGACCCCUCAAAUAUAAGGCACCUACGGAGCCCUGGAUUUGGAGUCGAAGACCCAUUCUUCAGCCCCAGCUCAGCUGAGUGUCCUCGGGACUGGACUUCUCUCUGAGUCUCGAAGUUUCCGCCUCUAGAGCAAACUCUAAAUGCUACGGUCUCGUGGAGCCUUCCAAUAGUCGCCAGUCCGAGUUCGGCCUCAUGCAACCGGCAACCGGCUUCUUUCCGGCCGCUCUCUGGGCUGGGGUCUGUCCCGGAGCAAAGUGGAAAAGCAUCCAGCGUGAGGCCGGGGCAAGUGGGGCGUGGCGAGGGGGCGUGGCCGAGAAGGGGAGGGUUCCAGAAGGAGCGGGUUGCUAGGGUAACUAGAAGGGUAAUCGCGUUCACCUACUGGAGCCACCUCAUAGCUCGGGCUCCGGAUUCGGGGGCUGGGGUGGGAGCAGAACAGCUACUCCCCAGGGCGGGCCCAAGGGGUUGCUCCCAAAACUGUGCGGGACUGGCAGGCCAGGGCAGCUGGGGAGGGAACCAGGGGCCGGCCUUGGAGUGAGAGAGCAGCAGAAGAGGCGAGUUUUCCUAUAUGCAAAAAAAGGAAAAAUUCAGGAUUGCACUUUGGGAAAAAAUGUCAGAAGAGUCAGACAAAGAUGACCAGUUCACAGACCCGACAACCAGUGAUGAAGAUGAGUUGGAUAAUGAUACCUUUAUGAAAUUUGUAAGCGAAGAUCUUCAUCACCGUGCACUGUUUACAGAUGCUACUUGUGACCAGUCUUUACCUCGGACUACACAGAUUUUGUUGGAAUAUCAGCUAGGGAGAUGGGUCCCACGUCUUCGUGAGCCCCGAGACUUAUAUGGUGUUUCUUCCUCUGGUCCUCUGAGUCAAACACGAUGGCCAUGCCACUGUGAAGUAGUUGAAGAGAAAAUCCUGCACAUUGAUUACGCUCCUUCCUACCCUGAGCCAUUGUAUGUCUCAACAGGUGAUGAAUUGGAACCCCAUUGUCUAGACUCUACCCAAGGCACUGUGGUUUAUGUUGGUAAUGAUGCUUACAAAGGCCGCUCUUUCUUAUAUUCUCGAAUAGGAGGUAUCAGAUCUCUUCAGAAGCACUCAGAAAUUCUACCUGUGGAGGAUUAUGACAACACUUUGAUAUUUGAAGCCAGGUUUGAAAGUGGUAAUCUGCAAAAAGUGGUCAAAGUUACUGAUCGUGAAUAUCAGUUGACUGUGCGCCCUGACCUCUUCACAAGUAGACACACCCAAUGGUAUUACUUCCAAGUGACCAACACUCAAGCGGGGAUACCCUAUCGUUUCACAAUCGUCAACUUCACGAAGCCAUACAGCCUGUACAAUAAAGGCAUGCGCCCACUCUUCUACUCGGAAAAAGAGGCCAAGAUGAACAAUAUCGGCUGGCGGCGAACGGGAGACCAAAUCAAGUACUACAGGAACAACAUCGGGCAGGAGGGCCGCCCGUCCUUCUCCCUCACGUGGACUUUCCAGUUUCCCCACGACAAAGACAGAUGCUACUUUGCUCACUGCUACCCGUACACGUACGCCAACCUGCAGGACUACCUCUCCCGCAUCGCCAACGACCCCAAGCGCUCGCAGUACUGCAAGAUCCGGGUGCUGUGCCACACGCUGGCCAGGAACAUGGUGUACGUCUUAACAAUCACCACCCCUCUGAAGAGCACCGAAUUAAGGAAGCGAAAGGUGGUGAUUCUGACAGCGAGAGUCCACCCGGGAGAAACGAAUAGUUCUUGGAUCAUGAAAGGCUUCCUGGAUUACAUCUUAGGAGAUUCAAGCGAUGCGCAGCUGCUGCGGGAUACUUUUAUCUUCAAAGUGAUACCUAUGCUGAACCCGGACGGCGUGAUUGUGGGAAACUACCGAUGCUCCUUGGCUGGACAGGACCUAAACCGCUGCUACACGUCGAUCCAGAAGGACUCCUAUCCCUCCGUUUGGUACACCAGGAAUAUGAUUCGUAGAUUAAUGGAAGAUCGGGAGAUUCUCCUAUAUUGUGACCUCCAUGGUCACAGUAGGAGAGGAAAUAUCUUCAUGUAUGGCUGUCAGAAUAAUUAUGAACAUAAAGAGUUGUGCUUAGAGCGGCGAGUAUUUCCAUUUAUGCUGAGCAAGAAUUGUCCAAACAAAUUUUCCUUUUCAGCUUGUAAGUUUGUUGUUCGGAAGAGCAAAGAAGGAACAGGAAGAGUAGUUAUGUGGAAAAUGGGAAUCCAUAACAGCUUUACCAUGGAGGCUACAUUCUGUGGCUCAACUCUUGGUAAUAGACGAGGUACUCACUUCAACACAAAAGACUUGGAGUCUAUGGGAUAUCAUUUUUGUGAUUCUCUUUUAGACUAUUGUGAUCCAGACCAAACAAAGUAUUUUCAGUGCAUGAAAGAAUUAGAAGAAUUGCAGAUGCAGCAUUCAGGCAUAACAAGCCCAGAUAAAAUGCAUUAUGUUUUAGAUGCUUCAUUCAUAGAUGCUGCAUUGGAUCUAGACUCUAGUAGUGAUGAAUCUGACAUUUCAGAGACCAGUGAAACUUUUCUCAAAGGAACUUCCCAGAAUAAAGUAGGAGAACCAGAAGUUAUUAUUCCUCCAAACCAGGAAUUAGAAAGGAAACAUGCAAAAAACAACAGAAUGAAAAUUUUGGAUCUCACUGGGAAGCAAAUGUCUAUAUUUUCUCCAUUUGGAGAAGGACCAUUUUUCAAGAAACUACAAAAUCAAAAGGUUGCUAGCAGAGGAGAUGUACCACAGAGACCUAAGGAAAUAACCCCCAAAGCAAAAGUGAAGUUACCAGGACCAGUUUCACCUUGGCUACUAAAAAACUACCUCAGCUCAUAUAGGCUAACUCUUAAUAAUGACCACUCCAAAAAUAUCUCAGAACCCGUAGGACCUGGUGAGCAAAAAAUUCAGAAAAUGUGUCUGCCAAAAAAAUUUAGUACCAAUGGAAACAACUUUAAGACUACAUCCCAGCAGUGCCCCAGUGGAAAAUCUUCCAGCUGGACUGAGAAGAUAGUGACAUCCAAAGAAGAUCUACAAUGCAAAUUAAAGAACAACUAUAGAGAACCUACAACUUCCCAAAGGAAGAAAUCUAACAUGAAUCAGACAGAAAAUACCAAAAGGAUCUUUAUUAAGAAUAAGAGUUUUCAAUCACAAGAAAUAUUUGAAUUCUUAUUCCCUGUUGUGGAAAGUCCUCAAAUGAAACAACCAAAUGACCCACAAUCUAAUACAGAGAUCCAAUACCAAAGCAUAGGGAACCAUAAAAUGUGCCCAUUGACCAUGGAAGCAGGCUCAAAACCAAGGAAAAUAACAGCCACUCUGUAAAGUAGAAAACCAGGCCUUGCUGCUUCGUGAUUUGCAUGGGAACAUUGUUAAUCUUUGUCCAUGUGUGGCAGACAUUAUGUUUAUGGCACACUAAAUUCAGCCAAUUUUCCAAAUUGGAAACAAACAUCUCACCACAUGGACACCAAAUCAGAAAACAUUUACUUUGGAUGCAAUGGGUCAUCAUAAAGACAAAUUCUACAAAAUGGUCUUGGUCUGUGUCCCUGACCUGUAGAAGGCAGAAGUCAUUCGAAAGCUUGUCAGCUCUCCAAAGUUCCAAGAUCAAGAAAAAAACCAUCGAGGUCUGGGUUAUAAAAUCUAAAUACAAGAAACUUCCCAGAAGCCAAUGGGAAAGUUUCCUGUCAGGUUUCAAGAUGGAUAUUGAUAUUUUGAAAGCUCAAUUCCUUAACUAAAGCAUUUUACCAACAAGGCACUACCAACAUAGGUCUCUACCAACUUGAAUAAGAGGCCAAACAAUGCUUAUUUGGAAUUACAAAAGACGAUUAAUACAGCCCUAAGAAGACUCUUAGGGUGAAUGUUCCAAUUUGAAAAUUGGAUGAAAAACUGAACAUAUGUGACAAAAAAGUUUCACCCAUUGCACUCUAAAGUACAGAUUCUACAUAUUCCAUCAUCUUUGGUGGGUGGGACAUCUUGCAGAAAUUUUAAAAAUAAUA